AGGUAUUUGUAAAUUUUAUUAACCUGAAGAAGUAGGAAAGAGGAAAGUCUGACAUGUAACUCUGGUUAAAGCUGAUUUAGAAGAAUACAAAUCAUGGCUGAAAAUAGUGUAUUAACAUCCACUACUGGGAGGACUAGCUUGGCAGACUCUUCCAUUUUUGAUUGUAAAGUUACUGAGAUGUCCAAGGAAAACUUACUUAUUGGAUCUACUUCAUAUGUAGAAGAAGAGAUGCCUCAGAUUGAAACAAGAGUGAUAUUGGUUCAAGAAGCUGGAAAACAAGAAGAACUUAUAAAAGCCUUAAAGACUAUUAAAAUAAUGGAAGUCCCUGUUAUAAAGAUAAAAGAAAGUUGUCCUGGAAAAUCGGAUGAAAAAUUAAUAAAAAGUGUUAUUAAUAUGGACAUUAAAGUGGGCUUUGUAAAGAUGGAGUCAGUGGAAGAAUUUGAAGGUUUGGAUUCUCCAGAAUUUGAAAAUGUAUUUGUAGUCACGGACUUUCAGGAUUCUGUCUUUGAUGACCUCUACAAGGCUGAUUGUAGAGUUAUUGGACCACCAGUUGUAUUAAAUUGUUCACAAAAAGGAGAGCCUUUGCCAUUUUCAUGUCGCCCGUUGUAUUGUACAAGUAUGAUGAAUCUAGUACUAUGCUUUACUGGAUUUAGGAAAAAAGAAGAACUAGUCAGGUUGGUGACAUUGGUCCAUCACAUGGGUGGAGUUAUUCGAAAAGACUUUAAUUCAAAAGUUACACAUUUGGUGGCAAAUUGUACACAAGGAGAAAAAUUCAGGGUUGCUGUGAGUCUAGGUACUCCAAUUAUGAAGCCAGAAUGGAUUUAUAAAGCUUGGGAAAGGCGGAAUGAACAGGAUUUCUGUGCAGCAGUUGAUGACUUUAGAAAUGAAUUUAAAGUUCCUCCAUUUCAAGAUUGCAUUUUAAGUUUCCUGGGAUUUUCAGAUGAAGAGAAAACCAAUAUGGAAGAAAUGACUGAAAUGCAAGGAGGUAAAUAUUUACCACUUGGAGAUGAAAGAUGCACUCACCUUGUAGUUGAAGAGAAUAUAAUAAAAGAUCUUCCCUUUGAACCUUCAAAGAAACUUUAUGUUGUCAAGCAAGAGUGGUUCUGGGGAAGCAUUCAAAUGGAUGCCCGAGCUGGAGAAACUAUGUAUUUAUAUGAAAAGGCAAAUACUCCUGAGCUCAAGAAAUCAGUGUCAAUGCUUUCUCUAAAUACCCCUAACAGCAAUCGCAAACGACGUCGUUUAAAAGAAACACUUGCUCAGCUUUCAAGAGAGACAGACGUGUCACCAUUUCCUCCCCGUAAGCGCCCAUCAGCUGAGCAUUCCCUUUCCAUAGGGUCACUCCUAGAUAUCUCCAACACACCAGAGUCUAGCAUUAACUAUGGAGACACCCCAAAGUCUUGUACUAAGUCUUCUAAAAACUCCACUCCAGUUCCUUCAAAGCAGUCAGCAAGGUGGCAAGUUGCAAAAGAGCUUUAUCAAACUGAAAGUAAUUAUGUUAAUAUAUUGGCAACAAUUAUUCAGUUAUUUCAAAUACCAUUGGAAGAGGAAGGACAACGUGGUGGACCUAUCCUUGCCCCAGAGGAGAUUAAGACUAUUUUUGGUAGCAUCCCAGAUAUCUUUGAUGUACACACUAAGAUAAAGGAUGAUCUUGAAGACCUUAUAGUUAAUUGGGAUGAGAGCAAAAGCAUUGGUGACAUUUUUCUGAAAUAUUCAAAAGAUUUGGUAAAAACCUACCCUCCCUUUGUAAACUUCUUUGAAAUGAGCAAGGAAACAAUUAUUAAAUGUGAAAAACAGAAACCAAGAUUUCAUGCUUUUCUCAAGAUAAACCAAGCAAAACCAGAAUGUGGACGGCAGAGCCUUGUUGAACUUCUUAUCCGACCAGUACAGAGGUUACCCAGUGUUGCAUUACUUUUAAAUGAUCUUAAGAAGCAUACAGCUGAUGAAAAUCCAGACAAAAGCACUUUAGAAAAAGCUAUUGGAUCACUAAAGGAAGUAAUGACGCAUAUUAAUGAGGAUAAGAGAAAAACAGAAGCUCAAAAGCAAAUUUUUGAUGUUGUUUAUGAAGUAGAUGGAUGCCCAGCUAAUCUUUUAUCUUCUCACCGAAGCUUAGUACAGCGGGUUGAAACAAUUUCUCUAGGUGAGCACCCCUGUGACAGAGGAGAACAAGUAACUCUCUUCCUCUUCAAUGAUUGCCUAGAGAUAGCAAGAAAACGGCACAAGGUUAUUGGCACUUUUAGGAGUCCUCAUGGCCAAACCCGACCCCCAGCUUCUCUUAAGCAUAUUCACCUAAUGCCUCUUUCUCAGAUUAAGAAGGUAUUGGACAUAAGAGAGACAGAAGAUUGCCAUAAUGCUUUUGCCUUGCUUGUGAGGCCACCAACGGAACAGGCAAAUGUGCUACUCAGUUUCCAGAUGACAUCAGAUGAACUUCCAAAAGAAAACUGGCUAAAGAUGCUGUGUCGACAUGUAGCUAACACCAUUUGUAAAGCAGAUGCUGAGAAUCUUAUUUAUACUGCUGAUCCAGAAUCCUUUGAAGUAAAUACAAAAGAUAUGGACAGUACAUUGAGUAGAGCAUCAAGAGCAAUAAAAAAGACUUCAAAAAAGGUUACAAGAGCAUUCUCUUUCUCCAAAACUCCAAAAAGAGCUCUUCGAAGGGCUCUUAUGACAUCCCACAGCUCAGUGGAGGGAAGAAGUCCUUCCAGCAAUGAUAAGCAUGUAAUGAGUCGUCUUUCUAGCACAUCAUCAUUAGCAGGUAUCCCUUCUCCCUCCCUUGUCAGCCUUCCUUCCUUCUUUGAAAGGAGAAGUCAUACGUUAAGUAGAUCUACAACUCAUUUGAUAUGAAGCGUUACCAAAAUCUUAAAUUAUAGAAAUGUAUAGACACCUCAUACUCAAAUAAGAAACUGACUUAAAUGGUACUUGUAAUUAGCACUUGGUGAAAGCUGGAAGGAAGAUAAAUAACACUAAACUAUGCUAUUUGAUUUUUCUUCUUGAAAGAGUAAAGUUUACCUGUUACAUUUUCAAGUUAAUUCUUGUAAAAAAUGAUAGUGAUUUUGAUGUAAUUUAUCUUUUUGUUUGAAUCUGUCAUUCAAAGGCCAAUAAUUUAAGUUGCUAUCAGCUGAUAUUAGUAGCUUUGCAACCCUGAUAGAGUAAAUAAAUUUUAUAGGCGGGUGCCAAAUACUGCUGUGAAUCUAUUUGUAUAGUAUCCAUGAAUGAAUUUAUGGAAAUAGAUAUUUGUGCAGCUCAAUUUAUGCAGAGAUUAAAUGACAUCAUAAUACUGGAUGGAAACUUGCAUAGAAUUCUGAUUAAAUAGUGGGUCUAUUUCACAUGUGCAGUUUGAAGUAUUUAAAUAACCACUCCUUUUGCAGUUUAUUUUCUUCUCAAGUGUUUUCAAGAUCUAGCAUGUGGAUUUUAAAAGAUUUGCCCUUAUUAACAAGAAUAACAUUUAAAGGAGAUUCUUCCAAAAUAUUUUUGCAAAUUGAGAUAAGGACAGAAAGAUUGAGAAACAUUGUAUAUUUUGCAAAAACAAGACGUUUAUAGCUGUUUCAGAGAGAGUACUGUAUAUUUAUGGUGAUUUUAGCCACUAGCAAAUCUUGAUUUAGUUUGAUAGUGUGUGGAAUUUUAUUUUGAAGGAUAAGACCAUGGGAAAAUUGUGGUAAAGACUGUUUGUACCCUUUAUGAAAUAAUUCUGAAGUUGCCAUUAGUUUUACUAAUCUUCUGUGAAAUGCAUAGAUACGCGCAUGUUCAACUUUUUAUUGUGGUCUUAUAAUUAAAUGUAAAAUUGAAGAUUCAUUUGCUAUUUCAAAGUGUGAUAUCUUUCACAAUAGCCUUUUUAUAGUCAGUAAUUCAGAAUAAUCAAGUUCAUAUGAAUAAAUGCAUUUUUAUUUCCUAUUUCUUUAGGGAGUACUACAAAUGUUUGUCACUUAAUUUUCAAGUUUCUAUUUUAAUAGUUAACUGACUAUAGAUUGUUUUCUAUGCCACGUAUGUGCCACUUCUGAGAGUAGUAAAUGACUCUUUGCUAUAUUUUAAAGGCAAUUGUAUUAGUAAGAACUUUGUAAAUAAAUACCUAAAACCCAAGUGUA